AUGAGUUGGCUAGAAUCAAAUUCCGGACGUAAAAAAUAUCUUUUUUGGUUGGUAUUCUUUCUGAUCGGUGCGCUACUUGCCUUAAUUCCGUGCUUGAUUGUUGGUCUUACCAAAAAGAAAUCUUGUCCAGAUCCACAACCACAACCUGCCGAAUGGAAUGCGAGUGAUUAUCAAUCAAAUUAUGAUUACUAUCGACAACUUGAGCAGAAACAUGAUUUAACUCCAACAGAUAACAUUCUAAUGGAUCGAUUAUCAUGGCCGAGAUUUUGUCCAGGUGAUAGUUCAAAAAUCGUUUACCUACGAAGACAAUUUCAUAUGCCGGACUUUAAUGGAUCGUCAACAACACUACAUUGGGUUGAUAUGAGUAAUCCAAUGGAACCGAAAACAGUUCAACUGACGCGCCCGAAAUGGGGUACUCAUGAUCAACAGUUUUAUUGGAUCGAUAAAUCAACAAUUCUCUUUCUAUAUGAUGUGAUAAACGAUUAUUGUACUUUUCAGUUUUAUUGGAUCGAUAAAUCAACAAUUCUCUUUCUGUCGAAUCGUGGAUCAUCGGGACACACUCAAAUUUUUCAACUUAACCUCCCCGAUGAUGUCUCAAAAGUCGAUUCUUUCAUCGAACCAAUUCAAAUUACUGAGUUUCCAUUGGAUGUUGAUAAUCUUUUAGUUAAUCGUCAAGCGUCCCGCUUGGCUUUCAGCUGUCAGGUCUACGCAAAUCUAACAAUCGAACAAACCGCUGCUCGACUUGCCGAAGAGAAAGAAAGCAAUAGCUUAGUUUAUACAUUUGACAAAUUAUUUAUUCGUCACUGGGAUGAAUAUAUGACUGGUCGCCGUUAUCACCCUUUUGUUGUUUCAAUUGAACGCAAUGCCCAAGGAACAUUUAAAUUAACAUCAACAAUAGUCGAUGUUCUAUCUGGUAUCGAUAGUGACUCACCGACACGCCCGUUCGGCGAUGCGAAAUCACAAUGGUCAUUUAGCGCCAGCGGCAAUUCAUUCGCAUUUACAAGACAACAUGAUGAAACCAGCGAAGUAGCCUGGUCGACUAAUUUGGACAUUUAUACAGUAGAUUUAACUCAAACAGUUGUAACAAAUAAAUGUAUUACUUGUACUAAUCUUGCAGCUGAUCAAGAUCCGAAAUAUUCACCUACGGAUGACAAUAUUUUAGUCUAUCGAGCACAAUCAGUUCCCGGCUAUGAAUCGGAUCAAUACAAGAUAAAGUAUUACGAUGGUACGACAACUAAAACAUUAAUGGAUGAUUGGGACCAAAGUAUUCAAGUAACAACUUGGACCGAUAAUGGUAAAUCACUCUUUCUCGAACUUGGUGAACAAGCGAAUCAUGUUAUUUAUCAACUUCUCGAUGUUCAUUAUCCGAAUAUGACCGUUGUUCCUCGAGGAUCCGUCAGCGGAACUUCACGUGACAUCAAUCCCGAUCCGACCGAUGAUCAAACAUUUGUCUUAACAUAUGAAAAUUUAGUUAAACCUACGAAUAUUAUUCUACAAAAGGGUACCGUCUCGUUUCCAGCCACUAAACAUAACGAUAUGCUAAUCGAUCGAGUACGUUGGAGCCCCACUUAUGAACCAUUCUCAUUCGAAGGCGCACAAAAUGAAACUGUUUGGGGAUGGCAUGUUCCACCAGUGAGUGGCACUAGCCAGAAAGCACCACUGGCUUUUCUCAUUCACGGUGGUCCUCAAAACAGUUGGUACAAUACCUGGGGUCGCGGUUGGAGUUUUCAAUCAUUUGCUGCUCAAGGCUAUGCUGUCAUAGCUAUCAACUUCCAUGGUUCAGAUUCCUAUGGACAAAAGUUUACGGAUAGCAUCACUGGUGAAUAUGGAACACUACCUUUCGAAGAUCUUGAAUUAGGGCUGACAGCUGCAUUAAACAAAUACGCGUAUAUUAACGGUAGCCGAGCGGUUGCUUUAGGUGCAAGUUACGGUGGAUACAUGAUCAAUUGGAUUGCUGGACAUCCUAAAAUGAGUCAACGCUUUCGAGCACUUGUUAAUCAUGACGGUUUAUUUGAUAUGCGCGAAAUGGCCUAUGUUACAGAAGAAUUAUGGUUCACUGAACAUGAUGCCGGUGGUUUCCCUCAAUAUGUAAAUCCUGAAGCAUACGAGAAAUUCAAUCCAGUCAAUCACGUAGCCAAUUGGACACAACCNGGUGGAUACAUGAUCAAUUGGAUUGCUGGACAUCCUAAAAUGAGUCAACGCUUUCGAGCACUUGUUAAUCAUGACGGUUUAUUUGAUAUGCGCGAAAUGGCCUAUGUUACAGAAGAAUUAUGGUUCACUGAACAUGAUGCCGGUGGUUUCCCUCAAUAUGUAAAUCCUGAAGCAUACGAGAAAUUCAAUCCAGUCAAUCACGUAGCCAAUUGGACACAACCAAUGCUUGUUAUUCAAGGUGGACGUGACUAUCGUGUACCUGAUACGCAAAGUAUCGGCACAUUUACUGCUUUACAACGCCAAGGAAUACCCAGUCGUAUGUUAUAUUUUCCAAAAGAAAACCAUUGGACAUUGAAUGCAUUCAAUUCGGUAGUUUGGUAUCAAGAAAUUUUUGAUUGGAUGAAACAAUGGACGAACUGA